GCCAUGGUGGUGAGUCUGUGCUUCCUCUUGUGAGGCCUUGAGGUUUGAAGGUGGGGCUUCAUGGAGUUCCUCUUGGUUUCAUUUACUGUUAACCCAAAUGUUGACAUCCACUCGUGGGUGAUGAAAACCAUGACAGCGUAGACGCGAGCGGCGACUUCUCUCUGCAGCGGUACCAUGUCGGAGUGUUACCUGGCCUGGCUGUGCGCCCUGCUCAUCACACACUCUGGAUCUGUGUUUGGUGACAUUACGUUCAUCGAGCGUCAUGAGGGAGAGUCCGUGGUUCUCCCGUGCUCGCUUGAGUCGCAGAGAGUUCCUCCCGUCGGCGUUUACCUGAAGCGCAGCUGGCUGCGUGACUCAGAGGUGGUCUUCAUGUACACGGGGGAAGAGUUCCACUCCGACGACCCGACCAUCAAGGCGCGCACGAGCGUGAGCGGAGAUCCAAGCCUCCACUCCCUGAACAUCACCAUCUCCCAGCUCGGGGUCGGCGAUACUGACCGCUACUACUGCGAGUUCAUCGUGUCCAACCAGUCAUUUGACGACGAACACGUGCGCGCACCGAUGGAAUACUUUCUCCAUGUGAGCGCCGAUGUGUCUGGAUCAGUGGACCUGGAGCUGGUGGAGACGUGUGCGGGGGGGUCGGCCGUGCUGCCCUGUGUGGCCCCCCAUGGGGAAGGCCGGGCCGUGGAGGGGGUGAGUCUGAAGCGGCGAAGGGGUCGGUCGCCCGUGGAGGUGUUGUACCACUCGAGGCGGCCCCCCUCCUCCACCGGGUUCUCCGACGCUCGCGUCCGCCUGUCCUCGGCCCCGGGCCCCGCCGGCCUCGCCUACAACCUGACCCUGACGCAGCUGCGGCCGGAGGACAGCGCCCUCUACAGCUGCCAGCUGCUGCUGCCCGGCCGGCCGGACGCCGGCGCCGCGCUGGGGAGGCGGGUGUUCUUUGUUUCUGUUCAAGGCGGGCAGUGCGGCUGCUCCAGCUACUCCUCCCUGCUCUACGCUCUGUCGGCGGCCGCCGCCGUCCUGCUCCUGCUCCUCCUGCUCGGAUGUGUCCUCGUCUGUAAAGGCAAGGCUCACCGCAGUGAGAAGACACACCCUCAGGCGCCCAUCUACGAGGAGAUGGUCGGGGUGCAGCGGCCCGGCCGCAAGCCGGCCUCCCGCCUUCUGGAGGAACCCGAGUCCUCCGAGUACCGGAACUGCCCGCCGAAGAAACCCCCCUGCCCCGAGAACCAUUACGAAAGCCCCAGCGGAGGAGGCCUCAAGUGAGAUCUGCCUCGACCCCGCAGGACCGACAGCCACGCUCUGAAGUCUCCUCAGCAGCGAGAAGCCACUUUCAAACACCUUUGACUGCUGCUGUGAUUAAAGCAUUAUGGGUCAUGUUAGGGAUGCAGAGGAAGGAAGAAGUUCUCUUUGUAUUUUAAAUUUUAGGAAUAAAGCUGCAAUGUAUAGAAUAAAAACGAAAUGCUGAGGUUUUCGCAAAUAAAAUGUGUCUCUGCGCACGUCGUCUGGUGAUGGUCCAAUAAAUGAACGUUUAUCUCG